CCUUAAGUUUUCUUUUAACAAAAUGGAAGCGGAACUACAAAGGUCCGGAUCUUGUUCACGGGAACGCAAUCCGUGUUACACCUGAGCUGAAACUGCUGGAGCUGUUUGAAAUGGGUUUGAUUACAAUGGACGCUUGUUGUUGAACACAGAAGCUCAAUCGCUGACUUUGUAUAUAAACGAUCAUGUCGCUUAGGCGAAUAAAAAAAGAAAUCUUAAAGCCUUUCUCCAGCCUGGACUGAACUGGGACUGGGUUGAUGGCUUCUAUCAAUAAACUGGUUACAUUCAAAAGGAAGCCUUGUGUGUCCUGGGCUAUAAGGUGAAGCUCACAGCAGCCUGACAUUCUGGUGUUUUUUGGUGUCACCUUCUGUCCAAUGAGGAUGAAGCUCAAACUGAAGACUGUAUUCCUGCUCUACUUUAUGGUGUCCUUAAUGGGCCUCAUCUAUGCCCUCAUGCAGUUAGGCCAGGGCUGUGACUGCAGAGAACAUGACUUUAUUAAAGACCGAACCAUCUCUCAGUUGAGAGGGGAGUUACAUAAGCUGCAAGAACAAAUAAUAAAAUCAGAGAAAUUGGACGCAAAAGCCUCCAGGCAAUCUAGUUUGCCUGCAAUCUAUGUAAUAACACCUACCUAUGCAAGACUGGUGCAGAAGGCUGAGCUCAUACGCUUGUCCCACACAUUUCUGCAUGUACCUCAGCUCCACUGGAUCGUGGUGGAGGAUUCUCCCAGCCUGACACAGCUAGUGACAAACUUGCUGGCUGCGUCUGGACUGACCUACACACACCUACACAUGCUGACACCUAAAGACCGCAAACUGCAGGAAGGUGACCCUCACUGGCUGAAGCCUCGUGGGGCUGAGCAGAGGAACGAGGGUUUACGCUGGCUCAGGGAGAAGGCUGCUGCGGACCGGGGGAAAGGGCUAGCCUUCGACAAUGCUGUAAUCUACUUCGCUGAUGAUGACAACACAUAUAGCCUUCAGCUCUUUGAUGAGAUGCGUUACACUAAGAAAGUCUCUGUUUGGCCAGUGGGUCUGGUGGGAGCUAUGAAGUUUGAGCGGCCGGUGGUGGAAAAUGGGAAGGUGGUUCGUUUCCACACCGGCUGGCGACCCAACCGUCCCUUCCCCAUUGAUAUGGCGGGCUUUGCUGUCUCCCUGAAUCUGGUGUUGGCCAAUCCUGAUGCUUGUUUUGAUGGCAAUGCAGAGAUGGGCUUCCUAGAAAGUAGCUUUCUGCAGAAUCUGGUUACUAUGGAGGACCUGGAGCCUAAAGCUGACAUGUGCACUAAGGUGCUGGUGUGGCACACACGGACCGAAAAGCCAAAGAUGAAAAGGGAGGAGGCUCUUAUAAAGCAAGGGUUAGGAUCAGAUCCCAACGUGGAGGUGUAAGCUGCAAGAACAUUCUCAGAAAACACCCUGAUACCACUGCUUCUGUUCAGGCCUCAGCAUAUCUGAUGGACAUAUCAUUGUGGAUGCUCCCUCUUAAAAGCCCUCAUAACUCCUCGCACUGCACCCCGCACCCUCUGAUCUACCAGCACUGCUCGACUGGUUCCACCAUCUCUCAGGGUAAGAGGCAAGUAUACUACAAGACUCUUCUCUGUUCUGGCACCAAGGUGGUGGAAUGAACUUCCCCUAGAGGUCCGGACAGCUGAGUCACUGGCUAUUUUCAAGCGGCGGUUGAAGACCUACUUAUUCAGGAAACACUUCAACUAGCACUUCUUU